CGUGCGUGCAAGUGUGUGUGUGUGUGUGUAAUACAGAGCUUGACAUGGAAAAAUAGGAGGGAGCAAGAGACCGAAAGGGAAACGAGAGGGUGACAUAGAUAAGCAGAAAGAUAGAUACAUAAAUAGACUUAAUUUAUAGCGCACUCUACAUUCACCUGAAUCCAAGAGAUAGAGCAAGAGAGAGAGAGAGAGAGAGAGCUAGAGUCAGCAAAGUGAGGGAAGUUUUCCAGGUGAGGGCUUGACGGCAGGUAGGUGUCAUCUUACAUACAGGAGUUCGUCCUCAGGGGUUGGCUGACUCAACUUAAAACACAAAUCCGUGUAGACCUGACCUGCACUCGGGAGAGUGAGACAGAGGCUUCCGGAAUCCUCACAGGAGAAUAACCACUCCACAGGCUGCUUGACGGAUCAGGUGUCCGGCCACGGAAGGAGCGAGAGGGGGACAAAGAGAUAGAAAGAUUAAUAAACACAGAGGGAGAGAGAGAGUGAAAAAGUUUUCGGCCGCUGGAGCGUCUGGGAGUUCCAGAGGAACGGGGUUAGCAGAGAGGCUCGUGGAGGUGUUAGAGCGAGUGUGUGUUCCUGCGUGACCCGCCAGCUGGGUUUGGAUCCGGCUUUUUUCCCCGCUCCCGGUCCGGUACCGCUCUGGCAUACCAGGGCUAACUAGAAUAAGCGCCACAUCACCAUGAAGACUAACACACAAGUCUCUGAAGAGAGCUCUCGACCUCUGAACCCCAGACAGCAAAUUGUAGCCCGGCCAGGCAGGCGCAGAAAGUCCAUGGCCACCCAGGAACCUCAGAAGAAGAGGAGGGUAUCAGUGAAGAAAGCAGUCAUCACCACUCUUGCUGUCCUGGCUGUCUUAGCCAUUCUGGCUGUAGCUGCCUACUUCAUCAAGCAGCUGGUCGAGAGCAAGUACUUCUUCUGCUCCAGAUCUCUGAAGUUUGUCCCUCUGGAUGUGACGUGUGACGGUAAACAGGACUGUUCUGCAGGAGAGGACGAGUCCACCUGUGUGUCCGCCUUUGAAACAAAUGUGACUUUCCCUGUUCGCCUGGCGUCCAACCGCAGUGUCCUGCAGGUGUACACCGGUCAGUCUGGAUGGAAGAGUGUGUGUGCUGAAGGAUUCACCCAGCAGCACACUGAGAUGGCCUGCAAUCAGCUGGGAUAUACCAGUAAGCCCAGUUUCAGCGCCGUGUCCGCCCGACUCGUGUCCUCCACGCUGGGGACAUCCUUCAGUGUCGUGGGCCCCAGCCGAGGCAAGGCCCUGCAAAAGAUCAUAUCGGACCGAAAAGUAUGCAGCUCUGGAUCAGUAGUCACAUUGACCUGCUCAGACUGCGGGAGCACCGGCACUAAGGACCGCAUCGUGGGGGGCGUGGGGGCGGAGAUCGAGGACUGGCCGUGGCAGGUGAGCCUGCAGCAGAAUGGACAGCACACCUGUGGAGGCACCCUCGUAUCCCCGCUCUGGGUCGUCACGGCGGCACACUGCUUCUCAGACUCAAAGAAAGAGGUGAGUCGAUGGAGGGUGGUGUCCGGACGUACGUACAUGGGAACCACGGGCGGCUCGGCCGUGGAGAAGAUCAUCCUCAACAGCAACUAUAACACCAGGACUAAUGACUUCGACAUCGCUAUGAUCAAGCUCAGCGGCCCCAUCUCCGUUAGCGAUGUGCGCAGGCCUGUGUGCCUGCCUCCCGCCGGCCUCGGCCUGCGAGGGGGGAAUCCUCUGGUGGUGACUGGCUGGGGAUACCUGGAGGAGAAUGGUAAAGUGUCUCCAAACCUGCAGAAGGCUGAAGUGCCGUACAUCGACCGCUCACAGUGCUCCUCACCCACCAUCUACGGCAAACUGAUUACUCCCAGAAUGCUUUGCGCUGGCUUCCUAAAUGGAAGCGUAGAUGCGUGCCAGGGAGACAGCGGUGGUCCUUUGGUGUCCCUGUCGGACCGCUGGAAGCUGGUUGGCGUGGUGAGCUGGGGCGUGGGCUGCGCCCGGGAGAACAGGCCGGGUGUCUACUGCAAUGUGGACGAGCUGCUGAACUGGAUCCACUCAGUGAUGGAGCUGUAGCCAGUGGACAAGAAGAAGAAUAAGCAGGGGACUGAGCCAUGAGGACAUUCAAACUACCAUACCAUGUGUACCAUGUGUGCAUUCAAACACCUACACACACACACACACACACACACACACACACAUACACACAUUGCCAAUACGCACACACAGACAAGCUCUGACAAUACCUCUACCCUGGCUUAACUUCAGAUGUCUCAGAGAAGGAUCACCACGUCCAGUCUGGGGUCUCUCCAGAGGAGUUGAUGUGUAUUAUUCGGAAAUGUCUCAGGGAAAAUGUAUUCUAUUUGUCUAAGUUUGGCCAAACAACCUCACAGCCUGAGGUGGUCGUAGGGUUUUAAUCAUUUGCUCAGCCACUACUCGAUGUCAGAGGGCAAUGCAAACAUGAGUCCAAAAAGCACAUCAUAUGUUGGCUUUUCUGUAUAACUUUGUAAGGGAGGAAAUCAACACCACUGUGUUAUCAUUCUAGAAACUACUGGCCAUUAGAGUGUGUGAAAGGCUAUAUGCAACUUCAUCAAACUACUGGCCAUUAGAGUGUGUGUGAAAGGCUAUAUGCAACUUCAUCAAACUACUGGCCAUUAGAGUGUGUGAAAGACUAUAUGCAACUUCAUUAAACUAAUGGCCAUUAGAGUGUGUGAAAGGCUAUAUGCAACUUCAUCAAACUAGUGGUCAUUGGAGUCUGUGAAAGGCUAUAUGCAACUCCAUCAGAUGCAUUUCAACACUACUCCCAGGAACCAUUACCAUUUUUGCAUUUUCAGUGUGCCCUUGUAUUAUCUGUGUGGCCAAAAUGGGGAGAAAUGUGACUUUAAAUGUUGGUGCUCGUACAAUUGGAGGCUUAUGCGAGUGUAAGUGUGUGUGUUUCUGGUAAGCUUGUUUUUACAAGAACAUGAAGUGUUUUUAGUGUGCGCUCUAGUCGGAACUGUAUGCAUUGUGUGAGAUUUCUAUUUUGUACAUCAUGUAAAUAGUUAAACUAUUUGUCUGUGUAUAUAUUUUAUAAAUGUUCAUAUUGUAUAAUAAAUGAGGGAUUUCUCUGAA